AUGAGAAGACCGAGAACAAGAUCAUUGACAAAAGCUAGCGUAGAUCAUAAAAUUGAUGAUUCUGUAGAGGUUGUACAAACGGAAGAAAAUCCAUUAAUGCAACAAUCCAUAACGAAUGUACAAACCAAACAAGUUAAACAAAUGCAACCAUUUCGGCAAUCUGGUCAACAGUCAAAGUCUGAACAAAGUAAAUCAAAAAAAGGCUCGACACUUGGUAGACCAAAGAAAAAUCAACCAAAAAAAAGUUUGUCAUCAAAUAAUAAAAUAAAAAGAAGUACGUCGUUAAAUGAUAAUUAUUCACCAAAUGUAAAUUAUACGUCCGGUUCUUCAUCUAAAAUAAAUCGAACGAAUUUGGGUUUUCGUCGUACUCCAGGAACGAGGGUACCUAAUGUUAACUUGGCAUUGAAAAGUGAUAGUACAGUAUAUCCUGCGAUUCAAAAUUUAAUACAAGGAACAUCUUCAAGUGGGAAUAUUUCAAAUGGUCAUAAGAUUUUAUCAAAUGCAUUGUUACCACAACUUCAAAAUCAUUUACAAUAUCCUAAUUACACACAAGCGGGGCACAUGAGUGGGUCAACUUCUAGAAUGGUACCUCCUAAGCCUAUAAACACUACUGAAAGGGUUACACCAAAACUAACUAAAAAUUACAUGCCAAUGCGUGAAAUUCCACCUCCAAGAGUUGUACCAAUACCAACUGGUCGAGAUGACGUACUAUCACAGCAUAUUCAAACACGUCCAGAGUUAUCUCAACGUUAUGAAAAAUCAUUAUCAAACGAGUCCCAAAGAGCCUCAGUUAGCCAUCAACAUACUCCUAUGAAUCAGGAGGCGCGUACGUCAACUCAAAGUGAAUCACGAGAAACUGGAAGUUCUUCAUGCGAUAUAUGUCAUUCCACAGGAUGUUCAACUCAAAAAACAAGUACAACGAUAUCAAUUAAAAUGACCACAGUUACUGAGGCUGAUCAGUUUGGAAAUAUGACUACAAGGACUUUUGUUGAAACAGAUAUUACACCCGUCGCUGGUUCGGUAGAAUCUACAGACAAGACUGAAAUACAUGUUGAAACGGAUGAAAAUAAGAAUCGUUCGAACAACGUGGUUUCAACAACUUCGCCUAUCGCCUCAGAUCAGAAUAAACCAAACAAAACAUCUUCACCUGUCACACCUCAGGAAACGGAGAUUCCAGAAUCUGAACAAAAUCAAAAUCACAUAAAUCAACAUUCUGUUCCAAAACCUGUUAUUUACAAACCUGUUCCACAACCUAUUCCACUUAAUUUGCCUAAAAUAAUAGCAGGUUCGAGUCAAGCUGCUGCAAGACUUGAAAACGCAAAUCUAAUACAUCAUAAUCACGCAUUACAAAAUUUGUUAAGUACAACGCAAGUUAAUCAAUUAAAUUUAUCGGCAAAUGCAAAUUCAUCAAAAAGUCAACAACAGACGAGAAUAAAUCGACCGAUACUUCCAGCCCAGAAUCAGCAAUUACAACCUCGACCAGAAAGACUAAAGCAUAAUAUAGAGAGUAUUAUUAAUUCAGUUAAUUCAUCACCAAAAAGUCUUACCGUAAAUUCUUCGAAUUUAUUAAGGAAUCAAACUUCUAGCUUUAUGGUUCCACCGAAUUCAACAAAUGAUGACGUUAAUUUAACUGAUUCAUUUACUGGCCUACAAGAUCUCGAUGGAAUAUCAGACAGUAGUCCUUCAACGCAUCAAUCACAGAAUAGUCCUAGUAAGAAAAAGACAACGACGAGGAAAAGAUCAGCAUCAAAAUCAACUACAUCUUCAGCAUCCAAACGAAAAAAUCAAAGAAUAUUGCCAAAUAAAAAUUCCUCAGAAGCUCAAAUAGUUAUUAGUCCAUAUAUGAUGAAGGCUGCCAAUACAUUCAUGAGUGGUAACCACUCGACCAUGCCAGUUGUUACAUCUUCAUCCACCGAAGCUUGUCCCUCACAACAUAGUAGCCCUUAUAAUACCUUUAUUGAUUCAAAUUCACAUAGUAUGCCCUAUUAUAAUUCACCGCCUCGUCCGCCUAUAUUUAAUGUAAAUGAUGCGACUUCAGCUUUGGUUAAUUCAAUAAAUUCGAUCAAUACCCUUCCGAUUGCUACAACUCCUCAUAAUAAUUAUUCGGAAAUAUCUCGUGAGGCAGCUUCCACAACAUCGCAUAGCAAUUCUACAAUACAGCACAGCAAUAGUAGCACUCCUCAAGUUGGUUCAUCUGGUAAUACGUGUCUCAUUAUAGAUCCCUACAAUAAUCCAUUUGUUGUGCCAGGCAUUGGUGGAAGUUCUUCUGAAAGUACACCAACAGUGCAGUUUAAUAAUAAUGAGAGUUUAGUUAGGUCUGGUAGUAGUUCAAAAACUAUUUCAACAAAUGGAGGUGGCGUUAAUUAUGACUCCCGCAGUAGUUCUGUUGUUAAUACCCUUGAACCAUUACCACCUUAUUAUCACAUUCGUCCUAUUGAAGCAAUGGGAUCGGUUACAGAUAUAUGGAACGAAUGGAAUGUUGGAAUUAAUGGGAAUCCAUCUGUGAUAUUGAUGAUGGAAAGAUAUGGAGGUAAAUGGGUUUAUGAAAAUGAGUAUCAUUUAAGAAAACGUAGAAUUAUUGUAAAAGAAGUCCAAGUUAGAUCAGAACAAAUUGGAAUCUAUGAUGCGUUGGCAGAAUUGGAAAGAUCGAGGAACGGAAAUUCUUUAUUAUGGUUAUCGGAUUGGAUUCGAUCAAGAGAAUGA